CUCCUACAUGAUAGUUGUGAGAGAAGAGCGAAGGAAUUCAGUAUUGAAGAUGGCCUCAAACGAAGAAUUUAUAAGAAAAAAUAAAGUGGUUGUAGUUGACGAUGACAAAAAUACCAAGCUUCAUUACGCUGCGGCUUUGGGCAAUUUGGAAGAAAUUGAGAAAAUAGUGGCGAAAAAACAGAAACUUGACCCAGAGAAUUAUCUUGGUUGGACUCCGCUGAUGAUGGCGGUCAGAAACGCGAAUGCCAAAGCAGUGGACUUGCUUCUGUGUCAUGGGGCAGACACCAGUAAAAAAAAUAAUUUUGGCAUGAAUGUGUUUGCGAUGAGCGUGGCCAGUGGCGACCUUGACAUGGUGGAGCGCCUGCUAAACCACCUCCUGUGUGGGGGCGUCUCAAGACAAAGUUUGCAAAAAACCCUUUCUCCGGUUUCUUUGGCUCUUUUAUUCGGACAUGACCACAUUUUCAAGUACUUGCUGGAGCGCCAUUUUGAGCCGAACGCUGCCACACCUUUCACAGCAAUCACUCCGGUUAUGUUUGCCGCCGCUUUAGCCAACAACAAGGCGAUGAAAAAGUUAAUGUUAUUGAACGCGGACGUAUCAGCGAAAAACUAUUUGGGGAAAACGGUUUUUGACAUCGAGCAAACGAGGCACAGGAAAAUUGAUAUUGCUCCCAAAAAGCAACAACCAAACGUUCCGUUCAUUGUAAUCAGUCCUCAUGCCACAAAUUCCCCGGUUUUCCAGCUGACGCAAAACUAUCCCAAUUUUGCGCCCACUAGUGGAGAAGGACAUUUGAGGAAAUCUUCAAAUACUUUAACCCCAAGUGCUCCAAAUCUGCUGUGUGCUAAUGUUACACCAAUCGCUCCAAUCACAACACCUCAGAUGAUGCCGCAGAUGUUUUUCCCGCCGAAUUUUUCACCCAGCAAUUUUGCAACGCCAGUGGGAGCUUUUGACUCUUCUAAUCAUAGUUUUCUGAAUGCCACGUUAACUCCGUCAACUAUGUUUUUCUCGCCGUUUCCUCCACAACAGGUGCCUUUUUAACGUGUUUAGGUUUGAUAAAUUGUACGAUUUUAAAUGUGAUGUUAAUUGUUUUAUAAUUUUUUGUACUUUUUUAAAAAUUUACGUGAUAAUUAUUGUAAGCACAACUGACCUUUCAUUAAAAUAAAUAUAUUCGACUGAUA